AUGCCGUUCGCUUUCCGCGAGAUUUUCUUUCGCCAUGUUCUUCCUUGGGCAAUAACGAUGCUGCAGUAUAGCAUCGCUGGAGGGACAGGGGCUCUAGUCGUGGCUGGCGUGUACGAGGGAUAUUUUCCCUCUGUUGGGUAUGAGUACAAAGGCCCAGAGGAGGCCAUGUUCGAAAAAGCGUUUAACACGGCGGAGUCAUACAGUACGGAUCCUGUGUUCCAACAGGACCUCGUAAAUUUAACCAUCUCCAUCGAAAAUACUGCCCAUGGACCGAGGGACUUGGUCAACAAUUUCGAGCAUAUGAAAGGGCUGAUAUUCUACAGCGAGGCUAAAGGGACCUUGGGAUUCAACGAUUCGAAUGCCGAGAUCUCAUGGCAAUUUCCAUCUUUUCAUCUCGAUCGCUCCGAAUAUCCUCGGGCUGGGCCAGACCUCUGGACAAUCUUCUAUGAUCUCGUAGACAAAAUUCAGAGAUAUCUCUGUCGACAAGUCCCCGGUCCGUUCUCCGACCGAAUCCUUGCAACACAUCAAUGGAGCGCACUGAGUAUCAUGGUUUUAAUUUUUCACGUCCUCGGAAGCUUUCAGUUUCACGAGCAUGUCAUCAAUCAGUGGCUAGAGCGACUCCGGCGGCCGGGCGUGCUGGUCAACCACGCGCAAGUCACCAUGAAUAUGCAAGAGAACUUACUGGACAACGCUACCCUUCUCAUGGGCUUGCAGACUACCAAUGCAGCUCAGUGUAGCAGGUUGACCAUGCAAAAUGCAUGGCUCAGAAAGAUGCUGGCUACGGUAGACGCACGCCUUCAUACUUUCCGGGAAGUGUAUACUACAUUGGUAAUGGAUGGUCUCACAGCAAAGGUCACCUUAGCAAAUGCGGAGCAAAAAGUCACGGCUAUCGAAGCCAUAUUCAACAACAAGGCCAGUAACAUCCUUUCAAAGGCGUCUCGGGUGCAUCAAGAGCAACCGACAAAAUCUCUCUCCUCCCAGCGUAAAGCGCCAGUCUCGCUACCGACGACAUUGACUUCAUUGGAGCACAAGAUUGUGACAUUAGUCAACCGCGUACAAGAGCUGGAGACGGAGCUGAAAGAGAGCCAGAGUGCUCUCAAUCAGGGAGAGCCUAUAGCACAGAGUUCAGAGAGUCAGCGUGCUCUCGAUGGGAAAGAUAGACAGCUUAGGACAGAAGCAUUUGAGACACCAACCGUACAGUGGAACAAUUUCGCUCAGAACCAUGCUCAACGCAACCGCGGAGGGGCUGAUGCAAUAAGGACCGAAACGGAAAAGAUGAAGGAAGAGCUAACACUGAAAGACGAGUCGAUCCGAAGCCUUCCUGAUAAUGCGUUCAUAGAAACAUUCAAGGAGAGGAAGGACCUGGAAGGGUAUGGUGGGAAGAGGGUAAAGGGUUUGUGGGAGAAUGACCCAAAUCGGAAGAACCCCUUCACCCGUCAACCUCUACGCACCAAUCCUCGUGGGCCUGGUCCAGGUUCACAAGGGCGCCACAGUACAAACCCGGCGCAGCAACCAUCUGGUCCGAGGGCAGAGCCUCACCACGGCCCGUCAUCGCACGACUUACGGCAGCCCAUGAGAGCGGCGCAGACGUCCAGACCCCGAGCAAGGGUUGAGGCAUCUACAACGGAGUCUGACGCCAGCCAGGCAAAGAAUACCGGCUCCCUUCCUACCACGCACAACCAGACGUCAAUACCUCAACGCCUCCCAAACGAGAUCAAUAAAGGUUUCUCCAGAGUAGCUAAUAACCAAGCUCCAAACACCCCCGCAGCGAACAUCGCCAACAAUCCCCCUAAUCCUCCCUAUUACAAUACAACAAGACCACAGCAAUGUCCCCAAGAUCUAGCCUGCGAGAGCAAGAAAUGUCUCCUCGCCCACCAUGCGAGGCAUUCGGCGGCGAUUGCCACGCUGAUGAUUGUGGGCGGUACCACUCCUCGCCCGCCACUAGAACGUCCCGAAAUUGAAAGGAGGUAA